CGCCAGCCGCCGAGCUGCGAACACCCCAAACAAUCCCCAGCGCCGCCGCCGCCGCCGAAUUGAAACCCUCCGCCCGCCUCGCUGCCCCCCCACGUCGCCGCGCUUAAACCGGGAAGAGACCAGACGACCACCCUCCUCCUCCCCCCCGCUCCUUUCCCUCAUUAGGCCUCGCUUCGGCCCUCCUCUUCCUCCUACGGCGGCCUGUUGGAUUAUUUCCCGCCGAGCGGGCCUCUCACUCACUCCUCACUCAACAAGGCCUGGGAAGCGUCUGAGGCAUAGACUACUACAAUAAUAGAAGAAAGUGACAAGCAAGUACGGCUAUUAUCAACAACUGUUUUUUUGAAUGUAUUUCUAAUACAGUAGUAGCCCAGAAGAUGAUAAAGAAAUGAUAGCAGCUCAAGAACCAACAACUAAUUUUGCCCUAAUUCAGGAAUCUGAAACACACUUUUCCUCAGAUACUGACUUUGAAGAUAUAGAAGGAAAAAAUCAGAAACCAGGAAAAGGAAAGACCUGCAAAAAGGGGAAAAAGGCUGUAGGAGAGAAAGCCAAAGUUGGAAAUGGAGGAGGAAAGGCUGGAGGACUAAAUCGAAUGAAUGGGCAUCAUCAGCAGAAUGGUGUGGAAAACAUGAUGUUGUUUGAAGUCGUUAAAAUGGGCAAGAGUGCUAUGCAGUCUGUGGUGGAUGACUGGAUAGAGUCCUACAAACAUGAUAGAGAUAUAGCGCUCCUUGAUCUCAUCAACUUUUUUAUUCAGUGCUCAGGUUGCAAAGGGAUUGUAACAGCCGAGAUGUUUCGACAUAUGCAAAAUUCAGAAAUAAUUCGAAAAAUGACUGAAGAGUUUGAUGAGGACAGUGGGGAUUAUCCGCUCACCAUGGCUGGUCCCCAGUGGAAGAAAUUUAAAUCAAGUUUUUGUGAGUUCAUUGGCGUUUUGGUCCGGCAGUGUCAGUACAGCAUCAUAUAUGACGAAUACAUGAUGGAUACUGUGAUUUCGCUACUUACAGGACUAUCAGACUCUCAAGUCAGGGCAUUUCGACAUACUAGCACACUGGCAGCUAUGAAGCUAAUGACUGCGUUAGUAAACGUGGCGUUAAAUUUGAGCAUUAAUAUGGACAAUACACAACGACAGUACGAGACGGAACGAAAUAAAAUCAUUGGAAAACGAGCUAACGAUAGACUGGAACUCUUGCUUCAGAAAAGGAAGGAGCUUCAAGAAAAUCAGGAUGAAAUAGAAAACAUGAUGAAUGCAAUCUUUAAGGGUGUAUUUGUUCAUAGGUACAGGGAUGCGAUUGCUGAGAUUAGAGCAAUAUGUAUUGAAGAAAUUGGAAUUUGGAUGAAGAUGUAUAGUGACGCCUUUCUCAAUGACAGCUAUUUAAAAUAUGUGGGGUGGACAAUGCAUGACAAGCAAGGGGAAGUGAGACUCAAAUGUCUUACAGCUUUGCAAGGGCUUUACUAUAAUAAAGAACUGAAUUCAAAAUUAGAACUCUUCACCAGUCGGUUUAAGGACAGAAUUGUGUCUAUGACUCUUGACAAAGAAUACGAUGUUGCAGUGCAAGCAAUAAAACUACUUACUCUUGUUUUACAGAGUAGUGAAGAAGUUCUGACUGCAGAAGACUGUGAAAAUGUCUAUCAUCUGGUUUACUCAGCUCAUCGGCCAGUGGCUGUAGCAGCAGGAGAAUUUCUUUAUAAAAAGCUUUUCAGUCGCAGAGACCCUGAGGAAGACGGAAUUCUUAAAAGAAGAGGAAGGCAAGGUCCAAAUGCUAAUCUUGUCAAAACAUUAGUAUUUUUCUUUUUGGAAAGUGAGUUACAUGAACAUGCUGCUUAUUUGGUAGACAGCAUGUGGGAUUGUGCAACUGACCUUUUGAAGGACUGGGAAUGUAUGAAUAGCCUUCUGUUGGAAGAACCCCUAAAUGGAGAAGAACCUUUAACAGACAAACAGGAAAGUGCACUAAUUGAAAUUAUGCUGUGUACAAUUAGACAAGCAGCUGAAUGUCAUCCCCCUGUAGGAAGAGGCACAGGGAAAAGGGUACUUACGGCAAAGGAGAAAAAAACCCAGUUGGAUGACAGAACUAAGAUCACAGAGCUUUUUGCUAUCGCACUUCCUCAGCUUUUAGCAAAAUAUUCUGUAGACGCAGAGAAAGUCACCAACUUGUUACAGUUGCCACAAUAUUUUGAUUUGGAAAUCUACACAACAGGGAGAUUAGAAAAGCAUUUGGAUGCCUUAUUACGACAAAUCCGGGAUAUUGUAGAAAAGCACACAGAUACUGAUGUUUUAGAAGCUUGUUCUAAAACUUACCACGCCCUCUGUAACGAGGAGUUCACCAUCUUUAACCGAGUAGAUAUUGCAAGAAGCCAGCUCAUAGAUGAACUAGCAGAUAAAUUCAACCGGCUUCUUGAAGAUUUUCUGCAGGAGGGAGAAGAACCUGAUGAAGAUGACGCCUAUCAGGUCUUAUCAACAUUAAAGCGAAUUACUGCUUUCCACAAUGCACAUGAUCUGUCAAGGUGGGACUUGUUUAGUUGUAACUACAAGUUACUAAAAACAGGCAUUGAGAAUGGAGAUAUGCCUGAACAGAUAGUUAUUCACGCACUGCAGUGUACUCACUAUGUAAUCCUCUGGCAGCUAGCAAAAGUAGCUGAGAGCAGUUCUACCAAGGACGACCUUCUACGCUUAAAGAAACAGAUGAGAGUUUUUUGUCAAAUCUGUCAGCACUACCUUACCAAUGUAAAUACUGCUGUUAAAGAACAGGCCUUCACUAUUUUGUGUGACGUGUUAAUGAUCUUCAGCCAUCAGAUCAUGUCAGGGGGACGUGACAUGUUAGAGCCAUUAGUUUACACUCCUGAUUCUUCCUUACAGUCUGAACUCCUGAGUUUUAUUCUUGAUCAUGUCUUUAUUGACCAAGACGAUGAUAGCAACAGUGCAGAUGGACAGCAGGAUGACGAAGCCAGUAAGAUAGAAGCUUUGCACAAGAGAAGAAAUUUGCUUGCGGCUUUUUGUAAACUUAUUGUAUAUACCGUGGUGGAAAUGAACACUGCUGCAGAUAUUUUUAAGCAAUAUAUGAAGUAUUACAAUGACUACGGAGAUAUCAUCAAAGAAACAAUGAGUAAAACGAGGCAAAUAGAUAAAAUUCAGUGUGCAAAGACAUUGAUUCUCAGUUUACAGCAGCUUUUCAAUGAGAUGAUCCAAGAAAAUGGGUAUAAUUUUGAUAGAUCAUCGCCGUCUUUCAGUGGGAUUAAGGAACUGGCUCGGCGUUUCGCUUUAACGUUUGGACUCGAUCAGCUGAAAACAAGAGAAGCCAUUGCUAUGUUACACAAAGAUGGGAUAGAGUUUGCUUUUAAAGAGCCUAACCCACAAGGAGAAAGCCAUCCACCUUUAAAUUUGGCAUUUCUUGAUAUAUUGAGCGAAUUCUCUUCCAAACUUCUCAGGCAAGACAAAAAAACAGUGUACGCUUACCUGGAGAAGUUCAUGACCUUUCAGAUGUCUCUUCGAAGAGAAGAUGUGUGGCUUCCACUCAUGUCUUACAGGAAUUCUUUGCUAGCUGGGGGUGAUGACGACACAAUGUCAGUCAUCAGUGGGAUUAGUAAUCGAGGGUCGACAGUAAGGAACAAGAAGACAAAACCAGCAACAGGGAAGCGGAAACUCCCUGAAGCUGAGGAGAGCAGCAGCAGCGACAGCCUGUGGCUGAACAGGGAGCAGACCCUGCACACGCCCAUCAUGUUACAGACGCCGCAGCUCACUUCCACCAUCAUGAGGGAGCCCAAAAGGUUGCGACCGGAAGAGAGCUACAUGGGCGUCUACCCCAUGCAAGCCGAGCACCAUCAGCCGCCCAUCGACUACAACACGCAGGUAACAUGGAUGCUAGCUCAAAGACAGCAGGAGGAAGCAGCCAGGCAGCAGCAAGAGAGGGCAGCUAUGAACUACGUGAAGCUGAGAACCAACUUGCAGCACGCCAUUCGACGUGGCACUAGUCUCAUGGAGGACGACGAAGAGCCCAUCGUCGAAGAUGUGAUGAUGUCAUCAGAAGGGCGCAUCGAGGAUCUCAAUGAAGGCAUGGACUUUGAUACCAUGGACAUAGACCUACCACCAUCAAAGAACAGAAGAGAAAGAACAGAGUUAAAGCCAGAUUUCUUUGACCCUGCAUCAAUCAUGGAUGAAUCUGUUCUCGGGGUAUCAAUGUUUUAAUACUAGUUCAGCAAAUAACUCCGUGGUAAAGUCAUUUUCUACUGUGGAAGAGGAGAUUUUUAAAUUUAAAAAGUGUAGAUAACAGUGAUAUUCUGAGCAAGAUUUUUUUCUCUAAGGAGAAUUGAUCUGCUUACAAGAUCCAGUACAUUGAAGGGGCAGUUUUCUUUGCCUGAAACAAUAAAGGACAAGUAAACAACUUGAGGAUAAGCUAUUUGUUUCUGUUGGGAAACCAGUAUUUUAUUUAUACAAUGUUUAGUUUAUUUCCAACUCAUAGUAUAAAUAUCACUUAAAAAAAAAUAAUCCUAGCAUCAAAGAGGUGCUUAGUGUACACACUUCUGUCAUCUGUUGAACAUACUCAAGCAAUUAUAUAUAUUUUUUUCUAGAUUAUCAUUGAAAGCAUCAGGUGAAAAUAAAACGGGACGAUUUGAUUUUGAAGUUUGGAAAUCUGUGUAAUUAGAUGAAAGAAAAGCAUUUUUUGAUGUGAUGUUUAAAUUCUGGUCAACAGAAACUUUACUUUGGUUGUGAUAAUCAUGGAAAUAAACUACGAGUGAUUUUUUUUUUAAUUCAGAAAUUAUUAUAGAAUAUUAAAAAGAAAAAAACAAACAACACACGCCAAGGCUUCCUUGUUACAUAUUCAUGAAAUAUCCAAGAAUCAUAAACUGCCAGAAAGCACUGAUAUCAUUUCAGCUUACCCAUCUCUAACCCUAAGAGUUUGCUUGUCCUUUAAGAAAAGCAAAUGUAAUAUUGUGAGAUUCCUUCCAGUAGUGCCACUGUAUUUUGUCUCCAAAUAAAGAAGCUUAUUGUAGUAUGUUUGCAGAAAAAAAAAUUCUAAACAAAAAUAUACAGCUUAUUAGAGUGUGGGAAUAGGGGUCUAAAUUUUAAAUAAAAAAGUAUAAAUAUAUAUAUAUAUAUAUAAAAAAUUGGUGCUGAUUUUAUAAUUGCGCAGUUUUAGUUUUUUCUUACUUUUAAAUUCCAACUUAAAAAUUAUGAGGUUUCAGAAAUAUAUUGAAAGUUUAACAAUGUUUAAAAAAUAGAUUUAAGCGUGAGAAUUCAUGCUUUAAAAUGAUUUUUAAAUUUGUAUUUUAUAUUGUUUUAUCUAUCUCUGUCUUUGCAAGCAGUCUUCAGGUUAAUGAUACUUCUAACAGGUUACAGGACAUUUCUUCUGUAUGUAAAUUGAAUUGGGUGAUAGAACUUCAUCAGUAUCCCAUCAUAUUCUUUGAAAGCUAAGCUUUAAAUAAAUUUCAUUGCUUUUUUCCCCCCACAGUUAAAUUAAAAAAAAAAAAUUAAAACCCAUGGAUUUAUGUCAUUUCAACGUAAUUCAUUUUUGCCAUGCUUAGGCAGCUAGACGACAUUUAAAGGAAAUAUUAACUUAUAACACAAAUGUAUAUUUUUGUCAGUUGUCUCUCAGUUCUUGAGGUAUAUUAUUUCUAAUCAUUCCAUGCGCCUUAAUAUGCUUGCAAUAUGAUAAUUUCCUCAAAUAAGCAAUUAGAAGAACCUCUUAGACAAAAAGAAAAAAAAAUAAUCAAAGCUUGGGCUGUGGUAGCCAUAAACCAUAGAUUCUCUAAAGGAUCCUGAUAACGUAAUUAUUUUGAAAAUCAUGAUGUAAUACACAGAGCCAGUUUCGCAUAACUCUCAUUUUGCAUAAAUAUUCACAUGUCUAAAAUACUGCCUAUAUUUCUUUCUUUUUUUUUCUCCUUUACACCACUGUGUUUAAAUAGAACUGCUGAGAGGACUGUAUAUAUGAUUUUGUUGAUUUUUUUUUUCUUACUCUUGAAGGAGUGUUUCUUUGUGAAAGCAGUUCUUACAGCUUUACGUUUUCAGACUAAAAAUGUUUUAUAUAUUUACCUUAACCUGUUGUCCUCCACAUUCUAUCGUCCUAAUUGUACUGUUUUCUGAUUUGUAUUUAUGUCUUGAGACAAGUAACUUUUUGAAUAAAAAUAAACCUACAGUAUGUUGUAAGUUUGAUCUUUUUGAAUCAAAAGGUAGAGGAAGAAAAUGAAAAGAGUGUGAAUGGUAUAAAAAAAUGUUAUGUUUAUAAGAAUUAAAGCUUUUUCCAUGUCUUUUAAGUGUUUGUCUCAGAAUUGGGAUAAUGUAUGGAAAACUGCACUGUUUUAUAUUUGUAAUAAAUUGUACAAGUUUUUAAAAUGUGAAUAAAGCACUAAUUGGGUUAAUAAUUUAAAGUAGA